UCUGAACUUCGGUCGGUAACGGACGUGUAUGACGGAGAACUGUCGCUGCAUUCUCAUUCGGUGUUUGAGUCCGGAUUUCAGUCACUGUGUAUUUAUGUUGGCAGUGUAUCGAGUCUGAGAAAAACCUGCCCAACGCCAUCGUUGCUGCCGCCAUCGCCACCACCAACACUGCUGGUGUUGCCGCUGCUGCUGCUGUCGAGGUUGGUCGAACGUACACACACACGGCAUGUUUGCACUAUUCCGCUCCGCUGUUUGUUGUGUUUAGCCCGGGAGAGGACGCUGUGUAUUUCGAUGGUCUCUGACGAUUGUUAAAUCUUCGGGAUUAUAGUCCGACCUGAUUGCGUUCCGCUGUUCUCGGUUGGGUGCAGUGGUUUCGUUGGCAAUUUGGCGGUUUUCAUGAGCUGAAAGUUCGACGGACUAGCCGAUGGACACGGGUCGUGUUUUACUACGUCGAUGAAAAGACGAAGAGUUUCUGGCUGGAAGGCAUUGUAACAGAUCCAAACGGUGAAACUUAAAGAAGAAGGUGGAAGAUUUCUAAAUGAAUGGAUGAAAUGCAGAAAGUUUGAGUGAACGAGCGCGUGAAGAAGAGUUGCUUUCGUGCAUACAAAAAAGGGAAGAAUUUAUGCAAUAAAAGUGUGGUGAUGCAAAUAUAAAGAUAUGCAAAAAGAAUGAAAAUAAUGCAAAAAGUUAAGGUGAUAGUGAUCAUUCGGCACCGUGUGCUGAGAACAGAAGAAUAAGUUUUCUACCAAGUAUACCGCAUCGAAACAUGGUUGCCGCACAAAACUCGAGUCGCGAUUCGGAAAAUUGAAAAUACGUAGUCUACGCAAAUUCCACGCAUCAUACAGAAGCAAAUCGGAACCAGUUGUAGCGUUAACCAUUCGUCAUUUUUCCGCCUGCAGUUUUGUAAAUAUUUCCUUCCGCCACGAUAGGACCCACAACUGCCGCAGCGCGACAUUUCUCAUAGCUCAGUGGAUCGAGAGAAUAUAUAGGAAAAGUUGCUCAUGAAUAAAUAGUUGCAUUCCGUCUGGGUUGCGUAAAAAUCAUAAAAAAAUAUUAAAAAGAGGAGGUUUCACAUUUCUUUCGUCCCUACAAAUUAUGCAUACACGGGAGAAGAGAUGCACGGGUGCGUGUGUGGAGUGUUGAAUAAGUCGAUUGCGAGGGUUAUCAAUUAUAAAUAGGCUCGGUGGGGUGGAAAACGAGCAACGUGCAGUCCGAGGUGGGAUGGAAAAAUAUUAAAUUUGCAAAAACGAGCUCGGUUGUAGUGCGGAAGGGCAAGAGAAAAAAAAAGUCGGGAAGAACCAACAGGAAAAGUAUGUAAAUUAUUCCUUGGCAGAAAGUUUGUUUUUUGUUUUUGUUUCGAUCCACUCCCAGGUUUCCGGAUUCCACAUGUAUGAACCGGAUCGGCAAUAACGGUGAAUUUAUGAAUCUCCCGGGAAUUCCUAUCGGAAAUUGAAUAUUUUCGCACAAAUUUGCAAGUUAUUUGCCUCCUGCUCCUGGGAGACCCGGAGCGUGGUCGUGUGGCCAGUGAAGCUCUGAAAGAAGGCAACAGUGCAGUUCCUCACUCUGAGACAAUGAGUAGAUCGGGGCCGGCGAAAUCGCUGGCAACGGCGCUCGGAUCGGGGGAAGUGGUUUCGACAUCAGUGCUUCUGCUGCUGAUGCUACUGCUGUUGGAUGGAGCACGGUGCGAUUAUGAAAAUACCUGGAACUUUUACUACGAACAGCCCUGCUGUGGAAGCAACGGAAAUGGACAGCACCAUCUGCGACAUCACAGGGACCAUGUGCGGGAGUUUCAGUGCGGGAAGUUCUACUAUCGAACGUUCUACCUGGACGAGGAACGGGACUCACUCUACGUGGGAGCAAUGGACCGAGUCUUCAGGUUGAAUCUCAAAAACGUCAGCAUGACGUCGUGUGAGAGAGACGCCAUCGUGUUGGAUCCGACCAGUUCAGACAUUAGAAAUUGCGUUUCGAAAGGCAAAAGCGAGAUGUUCGACUGCAAGAAUCACAUACGGGUGAUACAGCCGAUGGACAGUGGUAACCGGUUGUACAUCUGUGGUACCAAUGCGCACAAUCCGAAAGAUGUCGUGAUCUAUUCCAACCUCACCCAUAUAUCACGAUCGGAGUUCGUGCCCGGCAUCGGGCUGGGCAUUGCCAAGUGUCCGUACGACCCGCUGGACAACUCGACGGCCAUCUACGUCCACCAGGGCAAUCCCGGAGAUUUACCCGCACUGUACUCCGGCACGAAUGCAGAGUUCACCAAAGCCGACACGGUGAUAUUCCGGACCGAUCUGUACAACAUGACAACCGGCAAGAAGGUGUUCAACUUUAAGCGCACCCUGAAAUACGACUCCAAGUGGCUUGAUAAACCGAACUUUGUUGGAGCGUUCGACAUCGGCGAGUACGUGUACUUCUUCUUCCGGGAGACGGCCGUCGAGUACAUCAACUGUGGGAAGGCUGUAUAUUCCAGGAUAGCCCGCGUUUGCAAGAAGGACACCGGUGGCAAGAACAUCCUGAAUCAGAACUGGGCCACCUAUCUGAAGGCCCGCAUCAACUGUAGCAUCUCGGGCGAGUUUCCGUUCUACUUCAACGAGAUUCAGGAUGUGUACCAGCUGCCAUUGGAUAAGACCAAGUUCUAUGCGACAUUCACUACGAGCACCAAUGGGCUGGUCGGUUCGGCGGUUUGCAGCUUCGACAUUGGGGAAGUGCAUGCAGCCUUUGCAGGUAAAUUCAAGGAGCAAGCUUCAUCCAAUUCCGCCUGGCUUCCGGUGUUGAACUCGAAGAUUCCGGAUCCCCGGCCGGGCACGUGCGUCAACGAUACCUCGACCCUGCCGGACUCGGUGCUAAACUUCAUCCGGUCCCACCCGCUGAUGGACAAGGCCGUUAAUCACGAACACAACAAUCCGGUCUUCUACAAGCGGGAUUUGGUCUUCACCAAGCUGGUCGUGGAUAAGAUCAAAAUUGACAUCCUCAAUCAGGAGUACACGGUUUAUUACAUCGGGACCAACGCCGGUCGUAUCUACAAGAUCGUCCACUACCUGUUCAACGGGGAGUCCAAGUCCAAGUUGCUGGAUAUCUUCGAAAUCGCCCAGAAUGAAGCCAUCCAGGUGAUGGAGAUCAGCCAGACGCGGAAGUCACUGUACGUGGCUACGGAUUAUCGAGUCAAGCAGAUUGAUCUGGCCAUGUGCAACCGGAGGUACGACAGCUGCUACCGUUGCGUCAAGGAUCCGUACUGCGGUUGGGACAAGGACACCAGUACGUGUAAGCCGUACGAGUUGGGACUGCUGCAGGAUGUUGGCAACGAAACGUACGACAUUUGCGACACUAGCGUCCUGAAGAAGAAGAUCAUCGUAACCUACGGCCAGAGCGUUCACCUGGGAUGCUUCGUCAAGGUCCCGGAGAUACUGAAGGACCAAUCGGUCACCUGGUAUCACCACUCGAAGGAGAAGGGACGCUACGAAAUUAAGUACAACCCGACCAAGUACAUCGAAACGACCGAACGGGGACUGGUUGUGAUUUCGGUCAACGAAGCCGACGGAGGACGGUACGACUGCCAUCUUGGCGGGUCACUGCUCUGCAGCUACAACAUUACGGUGGAUGCUCACAGAUGCACCCCACCGAACAAGAGCAAUGACUAUCAGAAGAUCUACUCCGACUGGUGCCACGAGUUCGAGAAGUACAAAUCGGCCAUGAAGACCUGGGAGAAGAAGCAAGCACAAUGUUCAUCCAAGCAAAACUAUAGCAAUCAGCAUCCUAACGAUGUUUUCCAGCGCAAUCCCAACGUCUGAUAUCAAGGACCAAACUUUGACACUUCAACAUCGAAUAGCUUGUCCACUACCUUUGGUAGGGUACUACAAUCAACUAAAUGAACUGUGAUACCCUUAAUGAUCCAAUAAUAAGAAAAAGAAAGAAAACGAAAGCAAAAAAAAAGAGGAAACAGUAGAAAACGUUGUACAUUGAGAGGAAAAGAAAAGCAACCGUCGAAACAAGUACUGCCACGGGUUCACGAGUGUUGUGAAGUCCAGGAUGAUCUGGACAGUACGUGCAAUCAGUAGUGGAGUGUGCUUGCGAUGGAGGAUCAUUUUUUAUUUUUAUUUAAAACAGCUACAGCUGCAGAAAAGAAAACGAAAAAAAUAAAGAAGAAGGAAAACAAAACCAGUAAAAUUAAAUAUGACAUUAUUAGCCAAUUCCAACGAGCUUGCGAAAGAUCAUCAAUAACACGGAGUAAAAAUUGUAGAGGUUGUCAUUUUCCCGUCAUCCCUCAUCCCCGAGCCCCCAUGUCUAGGUCUGGACGUCGUCAGUCGUCAGGGCAUCGCGUAGCGUCGUAAGGAUUUAGAACGUAUCUAUAUCCCAUCUCCCCGAAACUGUAAAUAGAGACUCCGAAAUCGACUGCAGAAAUAAAAAAAAAAUGCACCGCUAGAAUAGAAACCGGAAAAUACCGUUCGUUAUUGCAAGCUGCAAGCAACAGAGGAAAGAAAACGACAGAAGUUAGUUUUUGUUUAACUAUUUUAUUUUCUACUAACAAGCAAAACAAAUACCGAGGACGAACCCUAGUUAAGCAGGUAGCGAACAAACUUAAAUUUUAUCUCAUACAACACACACAGGAAAAGCAAUUCAAUGCCACGCGAACUUGAAAACCCGGUCACGAGUCCGCAACAGUUCGCCGUGAGCAUGCAGAACAAAAUGUAACACAUAUGACAAAUCAACCCGCGAUAGCCGAACCUAUAAAGUAGUAGCAAUCUCCCUAUAUAGUCCCGAAUUCUCAUUUUCCACUAGCCGAGCAGUUAAAAAAAUUACAUAACACGCUUCGAAACUUCUUUUUACCUGGUAGCCACAAAAUCUACUAAUACCACAAAUUCUCUCUUCAACUUCAUUACAUUUGAGAACAUCACAGACAUCGAUUGAAUGUGUUUAGGUGCAAAACAAGUGAGUGACAUCAAAACAAAAACAAGAGCAAAAUAAAAAAAAAAUAAAACGAUCCAUAACAACAGAACAAAGAGAUGGAAAACAAACAACAAGUGAAUAGUGUUUUGGUUGACCGAUGCAAUAAUCCGCAGACAUAUCACCGAAACCGGAAGUAGCAAAUUGAAACUGACAAGCAAAACAAAGGGACAGAAACGAAGAAACAAACAAAAAAAAAGUUUAUAAUAGGCAAAAAAGAAUUGGAAAGUACGUCGUUAUUAGGAAUGAAUGGUAAAUGUAGAACAAAACACAGAUGAUUUUUUCCCCCUCCCCGAAGCUGAAGAGUAGAAAGACGCGCGAGAAACAUAGCAGUGUACAUAAAGAAAAGUAUUACAUUUAGCUCUAAGUUUUUAUUAGACGGUUAAGACUGAAGGAAAAAAAAUAAACAGAAGAAACACGUUUAAUUUGAUUUCUUAUAAAUUGCUUUUUUGUACGUGAAUCUAAUAUGACAAUAAUUGUCACCAAAUAAAAAAACAAUGAAAGCAAAA